AUGCCCAGAGUGUCAAUUUCCGGCCCGGAGUUUUGUCAUAGAGACUUGGGAGAGGCUAAAGAACGUCUACUUCCGGAAAAGUUAACUCAGAAGAACUUAUUGACCACAGAUUGGCGAAAGCAGCCUCUAAACAAUGGUCACUCUCACCACCGACGCCAAUGUGCUUCAAAUGUACACUCCUUCAAUAAUGAAGCAUUAAGGGAAAACGUUGAAAAACAUGAAAAGAAAAAAGAAAGGGAUGUCAGUUGUAACCUUACCGGUGAUAUGGCAAAAAAGCAGGUUGACCGGGAAAGAAGUGCUUCAAAGAAGACUAAUCCUGCGUUGCUAAGUAAGCACCCAUUAACUGUACCAUCAAUUCCUGCAUCAGAAUAUGACAAAUCCCGGCGGGUAAAACAAGGGCUUUUGUCCCCAAAUAACUUUCAGUACACUUUUCUAUCAUCUCCGCUGUCUUCUCAUUCUCCUCAUCCCUCUCUGGUACCACCUCCGUCCCCUUCUCGUGAGCAUCCUUCUUGUGCUCCGCGAAAUAAAUCGGAUAGAAAGCAAACUCAGGAUACAACAAAAGAGGAAAACAAUCGUUCCGCCAAUCUUUCUUUCUUCUCUUCACACAGACAACAAUCUUCUCAACAAUCAGAAGGCAAUAAUGGCAAAUUUGAGGACAGAUUCUCGCUAUAUUCCUUGCACAAACUUAUGCAUAGCCGGCUAGACCUAGAUCAAGUAAGCUUGGUCAAUUUGAGAUCUGAAGAAAGGGCAUUUCAUGGGACAAAUAAAGAGGUACCGAAAACAUUUUGCGAAUCAAAUGAAGCGUCAAAAUCAAACAAAAUCACUGGCGAAAAGAAACAGGCUAAACAAAAAAGAUUAAAGAACUAUGGAAAAUCACUUCUCUCCUCGCGAUCCAGCUCAAAAAUCAGCCCUGAAGUAAAAAUGGAUGUAAUGAAAGGAAACGAACUGGUAGGUGGUAGCAAAAAACAGGCACGGGCCCGGUGCCGCCUUGCUGGGCAACGUUGCUCCAUUCCCCAUUUGUUACCAUGCAGGCAGAGGCUUUCGGUCGGGAGUGUUGCACUCAACGUUUGGGACAGAAUUAUGGAACGCGGCAUCGGUUGGUCUCGAACUGGCCUAUCGCAUAGUAAGUCGGCCGGCAGCCUCAACAGUCGUCUGGCCGGAUUUGGGAUGAACACCAACGGAAUAAACGUUAGAAAUGAAAGCAAAACGAUGAAACAUGUCGAUGAGCAACGGCUGUCAAACGAUUCAACAGAGAGGCCGGGAAGCCCUAGAGAAAACAUUCUAAAGCACAAUUUGAGUCGGGCUUGUGAAGAAAAGUGUCAAUUCAAAAGUAAAUUUAGUAGCGUGCAUAAUGAACUGGAUCGGCCACCUCGAGUGCCUACAGCUCCACUACUUGAGGUAUGUUGA